CCGCCGCUCCCCGCCGCGCCGCGCCGCAAGAGCCCGCCCCGCGGCGGCCCGGCUGGGCCGGGCGGCGGGCGGCCGCGGUAUGUCAUGCAGGUGGCGGCCAAGGACGGGCAGCUGCUCUCCUCCGUGGUGCGGACUCUCGCCACGCAGAGCAGUCCCUUCAAUGACCGCCCGAUGUGCAGGAUCUGCCACGAGGGCAGCAGUCAGGAAGACCUGCUUUCUCCUUGCGAGUGUAUGGGGACGCUGGGGACCAUCCACCGCAGCUGUCUGGAGCACUGGUUGUCCUCGUCCAACACUAGCUUCUGCGAGCUCUGCCACUUCAGGUUUGCAGUGGAGCGCAAACCCAGGCCGCUGGUAGAGUGGCUGAGGAACCCGGGUCCCCAGCAUGAGAAGCGGACUCUCUUCGGAGACAUGGUGUGUUUCCUGUUCAUCACUCCACUGGCAACUGUCUCUGGCUGGCUGUGCCUGCGGGGAGCUGUGGACCACCUGCACUUCAGCAGUAGGCUUGAAGCUGUCGGCCUCAUUGCACUCACUGUUGCACUCUUCACCAUUUACCUCUUUUGGACCUUAGUAUCAUUUAGGUAUCACUGUAGAUUAUACAACGAAUGGCGUCGGGCCAACCAGCGGGUGAUACUCCUUGCCCCCAAGUCUGCCAACAUUCCCUCCAACCAGCAGUCCCUGCUGGGCCUGCCAUCAGUCAAAAGGAACUCAAAGGAGACAAUCGUUUGAUUUGGGCCAUUCUGCUCUGAGGCUGUGCACUAAGGACAUUUGCCUCAAACUCAAUAUGCUCAAACACCAUGCAGAACCCAGCAGUGUGCUAUCCUGAUGCACAAACUCUUCAUGAAGAAGGAAAUUGCUAUCUGAAUUCAAAUGCUGGACGCUGCAGUCCUAUUUGCAAAGCUACCAAAUGUGUUUAUUUAGCAGAUACUGUGUGGAAGCUGGUGUUAAUAUUUGCAUCAUCAAGUGAUGCAAACUUUUCUAUUAUUGUUUAAAAUAAACUGAAAAUUAACGAUGCAAAA